CGAAAUUACCAGUAAAAUUACACCACCACCACCUGUAUAGAUUAGAUCCAAUCUCAAAUUAAGCCCUAGAUUCCAAUUUCCCCAAAUCUUCUCAAUGGCUACUCUGGAGGAACCCGACGUGCCGGUCGAACCUCAGAAUGAACCUCCUCCGGCCGAGACGGCGGAGGAAGAGAACCCGCCGGUGAAGACCGGCAAGGCGAAGAAAGCAGCCAAGGAGCCUAAGCCUAAAAAGGCUGCUGCUCCAAAGAAACGAAAUCCUCCUACUCAUCCUCCUUACGAAGAGAUGAUUAAGGAUGCGAUCGUGACGUUGAAGGAGAAGACCGGCUCGAGUCAACACGCGAUCACGAAGUUCAUCGAGGAGAAGCAAAAGAAUCUCCCGCCGAACUUCAGGAAGCUUCUGCUAUUCCACUUGAAGAAGCUCGUCGCCGCCGGGAAGAUCAUCAAGGUCAAAGGCUCGUACAAGCUUCCGUCUUCGUUGGCGGCGAAGCCGGCCAGUGCUGCUCCUGCGAAGAAGAAGGCGGCCGCCGCCGCGAAGCCGAAGCCGAAACCGAAGCCAAAGCCAAAGCCGGCUGCCAAGCCGAAGAGCGGGAAGUCCACCAAGGCAUCGUCAUCGACAAAGUCGCCGGCCAAGCCGAAGGCGGCUGCGAAGCCGAAGCCUAAAGCGGCUGCCAAGCCGAAGGCUCCCGCAAAGCCGAAAGCCGCUGCUCAACCGAAGACUAAGCCCGUUGCCACUGUGAAACCCAAGGUUACAGCCAAAACGAAGGCAGCGGCGAAACCGAAGCCUAAGCCGGCUAAGGUUGCGAGGACAUCGGCGAGGCUCUCUCCAGGGAAGAAAGCAGCGGCUCCCAAGGCGGCGCCAAAGAAAGCUCCCGCAGCUAAGAAGGCACCGGCAAAGAGCGCGAAGUCUCCGGCGAAGAAGGCUCCGACGAGAAAGGGGAGGAAGUAGGUCCGGAAUGAAGAGAUGAAGGCUAGUGUUUGUAGGGGUAGACAUGUAAAUCUCUUGAUUAUAUGCAAAAAAAAAAACCAAUAUGACAGACUUUUUUUUUUUUUUGUUUUGUUUUUUUUUUUUCCAGAUAUGUUAUUCGGCAUGUUAUUUUGCCUUAGUUUUUUUUGUUUUUGUUUUUUUUUCCUUUUUUUCUUUUUGGUUAUUGUUUUUUCGUUGUAGGGAUUUGGAAAUAGUUUGAGGUGUAACAUUUUUAAGUUUAAUGGAUUAUGCUUAUCAGUUUGGAGCACAAAA